UUUUAUUUUAGAAAAUUAAAUUUGCUAUUUAUCUAUUAACAGAUUUUAGAUAGAAGAAAUGCCAGAACACGAAAAACGAACCGGCAUGUCGUGUCGCUGCACGUAAAAAGGCAGGCACCGUGGCACUCGGGGCAACUACUACUAGUCUACUAGUCCACUACGACUUGGCGCAGCCAUUGUCGCUUGAGCAGAAGAAUCGCUUUCUCUUUAGGUGUCCAUGAAAGCUGGAGCGGCCGGUCAGCUGGUGGCGGGUGCCCGCUUGUCCGGUUCGGCCGCGCUCUUGUCUCAUCUUCUCGUUGUCAUCCUCCUCUGCCUCGCCAGUGCGCGGGGAGUUGCCGGUGCCGAGCGAGGUGAGGCGGCGGCGGCGGCGGGCGCGCGGCGGGUGGACGUGGGGGUGAUCCUGGACCGGACGACAUGGGUGGGGAACAUCAGCUGGGCGUGCAUGGAGCUGGCCCUGGAAGACUUCUACGCCGACGCGCGGUACGCCAAGUACAGCACCAGGGUCAGGCUCCACCUCAGGGACACCGCCGGGCCGGACCCCGUCGACGCCGCGUCGGCAGGUGUUGAUCUACUAAAAAAUGUCCGCGUGCAAGCAAUCAUCGGGCCACAGACAUCAAGCCAGGCCAAAUUUCUCGUGGAGCUUGGGAACAUAUCGUCUGUCCCAAUCAUUUCGUUUUCUGCAAAUAGCCCGUCCCGAUCGCCCAGCCAAACCCCAUACUUCAUCCGGACGGGGUGGAACGACUCUUCUCAAGCAGAAGCUAUCGCCUCACUUGUUCAAAAAUACAAUUGGAGAGAAGUCGUUCCUGUCUUCGAGGAUGACGAUUCCAAUGCUAGAUUCAUCCCCGACCUUGUCGACACUCGUGUUUCUUACAGGUGCAAGAUUCAUCCUUUAGCUGGAGAAGAUGAGAUAAAAGGAGCUAUCUCAAGCUUAAAAGGCAAUUGGACAAGUGUGUUUGUUGUGCGCAUGUCGUAUGUGUUAGCCCUUAGGUUUUUCCGGCUUGCCAAGGAUGAGGGGAUGAUGGGCCAGGGCUUUGUCUGGAUUAUGGCAUAUGGUUUGACGGAUAUUUUUGAUGUAUCUGGCUCUCCUGCUCUUGAUGUGAUGAACGGUGUUGUCGGGGUUGAACCUUAUGUUGAAGACACCAUAAAACUUCAAAAUUUUAAACAGAGAUGGCGUGAGAAAUACAGAAUGGAAAAUCCAGAUACAAAACUAAACGACCCCACAGUGUAUGGUUUCUAUGCAUACGAUACCGUAUGGGCAUUAGCAUUGGCUGCAGAGAAGGCUGGAUAUGUGGAUUCAGACUUUGUGCUGUCCGAAACAAAUAAUGGGUCCACUGACUUGGACAGAAUCAGUGCUUCGAAGGCUGCUGGAAAACUGCACAGCGCAUUCUUGAAGAUUGGUUUCCUUGGCAUGACUGGGACAUUCCAAAUUCAGGACUGGCAAUUGGUAUCAAUAACUUACAAGAUAAUAAAUGUAGCUGCUCAAGACAUAAAAGUAGCUGGUUUUUGGACUCCAGAAUUUAACAUAUCUGGAAGUCUAAAAAAGAAGACUAAUCUUCACACCAUCAUAUGGCCAGGAGGCAGUGACAAAGCACCUAGAGGAUGGCUAUUGCCAAUGAAUAAAAAGCUCAGAAUAGGCGUACCUGCGAAAUAUGGGUUUGGCGGUUUUAUUCGAUAUGAAAAUGGUAAGGCCAAAGGGUUCUGUGGCGAUGUAUUUGAGAAUGUUAUUCAAGCAUUACCCUAUGACGUACCCAUUCACUACGAGGAGUUUGGAGACGGGAAAGGUAAAAGUAGUGGAACUUACGACGAACUCGUCUACAAAGUUUAUCUUAAGGAAUAUGAUGCAGUAGUAGGGGAUAUAACAAUUUUGGCCAAUCGUUCUUUAUAUGUGGACUUCACUCUUCCUUAUACCGAGUCAGGGGUACGCAUGCUGGUUCCAGUUCGGGACCAGAGACAGAAGACUGCAUGGACAUUCCUAGAGCCUUUAACAGCUGAUCUAUGGUUAGGAACUGGGGCAUUUUUUGUCUUCACAGGCUUUAUAGUUUGGUUUAUUGAGCACAGAACAAAUUGGGAAUUUAGAGGAUCUCCAGGCAAUCAAUUUGGAUCUAUCUUCUACUUCUCAUUCUCGACACUUGUAUUUGCUCAUAGGGAGAGGAUCGUGAACAACUUAUCAAGAGUUGCAGUAUUAGUUUGGCUUUUUGUGGUGCUAAUAUUGCAGCAGAGUUACACUGCAAGCUUAAGCUCAAUUCUCACAGUAGAACAGCUUCGGCCAGCAGUAACCAAUUUAGAUGAAGUUAUCAGGCAAGGGUCCUAUGUUGGUUACCUCAACGAUUCUUUCUUGCCUGGGCUUUUGAAACGGUUGAAAAUUAAUGAAUCAAAGAUGAUUGCCUUCAACUCUCCUGAGGAGUUCAAUGAUGCCUUAUCAACCGGAAGAGUUGCCGUCAUUGUUGAUGAGAUACCGUACCUCAAAGUGUUUCUCUCAAAGUAUUGCCACAACUACACUAUGGUUGGGCCAACUUACAAGUUCGAUGGAUUUGGUUAUGCAUUCCCCCGAGGCUCUCCACUCACACAUGAGAUUUCAAGGGGAAUAUUGCAAUUAGCAUCAAGCGACAAGAUGGCCCAACUGGAGCAACAAUUGUAUGGUGAUACAAUUUGCCCUGACAAAAAUGACUCCCAAACUUCAAGCAGCCUAACAUUGCACAGCUUUCUUGGGCUGUUCAUCAUCACAGGGGCGUCUUCAAUGUUGGCUCUGAUUCUGCAUGUUGGCAUAACCCUUUAUAAUCACUGGUGUGAUUUGAUCAGUGCCAUCAGUCAGAGUUCAUGGCGUGGAUUGCCUGCCAUUCUCUUUAAGAUCUUUCAUGAGAAUGAUAAUAGCUCUAAUACUCCAGAUAUAGAUGAACCCAGAAUGGCAGAUGUUGAUCGUACAACUGAGAGCCCAUGGAGCACAUCUAAUCACAUCAUGGAGAACUUCGAUUCAGAGACUGGUAUGGGAAGCCCACCGGAAGGGGAAGGAACGCCAGGCAGGGAAGUUUCAGUUCAGGAUCCUGAUCCACUAUCGUUUGCUUACAUGCAUUCUGAGGGGUAGUUGAGCAGCAUUUUUUUAAUCUCUUGUCAAAUGUGAGGGCCAAAGAACUCUAUGGUCAUCGCAUAACUAUACUGUUCAGUGUAAUUGAUUCAUUUGAUGCAUAAAUAUGCCGUCUGUUUUUAGUUCCACCAUGAAUACAAGUGUUGACGUGUAUUGCU